GAAACUCUACUAUUUGCAGAUUCUUAAGCCAAUGAAAGUACCUCUAUCAUUUUCUCUCAGGACAGAUUCAGAAAGGCAGCACAGAGCAACAGUUCAAGACAGGCAUUUUUUGUGGUCGAGCAGAGAAGUGUGGCCUGCAGCCAUGGGACAGGCCCUGGGGAUCAAGAACUGUGACUUCCAGGCAGCAAAAAACAAUGAGGAGCACCAUACGAAGGCCAUCAGCUCCCGGCACCUCAUUGUGAGGAGAGGGCAGCCCUUCACCAUCAUCCUGCACUUCCAGGCUCCAGUCUAUGCAUUUACAUCCACCCUGAAAAAGGUAGCCCUCAUUGCACAAACUGGAGAGCACCCUUCCAAGGCCAACAAGACCCAAGCCAUAUUCCCAAUUUCCUGUUUGGGGGAUCAGAAGUGGUGGAAUGCAGCAGUGGAAGACAGAGAAGACCAGUCCUGGACCAUCUCUGUAACCGCACCCACAGACGCCAUUAUUGGCCGCUACUCGCUCCUGCUGCAGGUCUUGGGCAAGAAGCAACUCCUCCUAGGCCAGUUCACACUGCUUUUUAACCCUUGGGCUCGAGAGGAUGCUGUGUUCCUGAAGAAGGAGUCUCAACGCAGGGAGUACGUGUUGAACCAGAACGGCCUCAUCUACCUGGGUACAGCUAACUGUUUCCAUGAAGAGCCCUGGGACUUUGGCCAGUUUGAGAGCAGUGUCAUCGACCUCAGCCUGGGCUUACUGAGCAUGGACAAGCAGGUGGAGGAGUGGGGCAACCCUGAGCAUGUGGCCCACAUUUUGGGCACCUUGCUGCAUGCUCUCAAGAUGAAGAGCGUCCUGCCCACCCCACAGUCUGCUGCCGCCCAGGAAGGCGGCCUGCUGAACAAGCGCCGGGGCAGCGUGCCCAUCCUGCGGCAGUGGAUCACAGGCCAAGGGCGGCCGGUGUAUGAGAGUCAGGCCUGGGUGUUCGCCGCAGUUGCCUGCACAGUGCUGCGAUGCCUGGGAAUCCCUGCCCGCGUCAUUACCACAUUCGCCUCAGCCCAGGGAACCGGCGGACGCUUGUCUGUAGACGAAUACUACAAUGAGGAGGGCCUUCAGAACGGAGAAGGCCAAAGAGGCAGAAUCUGGAUCUUCCAGACUUCCACGGAGUGCUGGAUGACCCGGCCUGCUUUGCCCCCAGGUUAUGACGGAUGGCAGACUCUGUAUCCACGUGUUCCCAGUGGAGGUGGAGUCCUGGGGUCCUGUGAUCUGGUCCCUGUCAAAGCAGUCAAGGAGGGGACCCUAAGCCUGACCCCUGGAGUAUCAGAACUUUUUGCCACAGUAAAUGCCUCAUGUGUGGUCUGGAAGUGUCGUGAGGAUGGCGCACUGGAGCUGACCAACUCCAACACUAAGUAUGUUGGCAACAACAUUAGCACCAAGGGUGUGGGCAGCAACCGCUGUGAGGACAUCACUCAGAACUACAAGUAUCCUGAAGGAUCUCUUCAAGAAAAAGAGGUGCUGGAGAAAGUCCAGGAAGAAAGAAUGCGACAUGAAAAAGACAGUGGCAUCCAUCCUCCCAGUCUCAAGACUACUGAGCCUCUGUACAUGUUCUUGAAAGCACCCAGCUCCCUAAACCUCGGAGGGAAUGCCCAGUUCUCAGUGAGCCUGGCUAACCCCAGUGACCAGAAGAAGGCAGUGCAGCUGGCAUUUGGGUUGCAGGCAAUAUACUACAAUGGCAUCCUUGCUGCUGAGCUCUGGAAGAAGAAGCUGUCCCUUAUGCUUGAUGCCAACAAGGUUCCAGGUGAGGAAAUCCCUGAAGAGCUGUCCUUCUUCCAUUUUGAGCAAAGCCCACCAGAGAACAGCUUCCUCAGACUCACCGUCAUGGCCACGGCAACGCACUCUGAGCCCAGCCUUAGCUGCUUUGCUCAGGAAGACAUCACCAUUUGUAGACCACACCUUACCAUUGAGAUGCCAGAGACAACAGAGCAAUAUCAACUUCUUAAGGCUUCAGUCAGCCUCCAUAACUUCCUACAUGAUCCCAUGAAGGACUGUGUGAUCUCCCUCUUUGGAAAGGGGCUCAUUUACAGAGAGAGGAGGUACAGAUUAGCUUCUGUGUGGCCCGGAAACACCUUGUACACCGAAUUCCAGUUCACGCCGACACAGGUGGGGCUCCAGAGGCUCACUGUGGAAAUGGACUGUGAUAUGUUCCAGAACGUAACCAACUACAGAGAUGUCACUGUGAAAGCCCCUGAACUGCCUGCUUAAACUUCCAUUAAGUACCCCAUAAUUAAAGUCUGAUGUUGAUAAUAUGAA